UGAGCGCGAGAGAGAGAGAGAGAGAGACGGCGGCGCCAGCAUGGAGUUCCAGAAGCGAAAGGCCCAAACACUCGCCGCCAUGGCCUCGCCGGCGCCGGACAAGUCCCCGAAAGGCAACCUCGACGCUCCGAUUAUCCCCCUCCUCGACGCCAUCAACAACGAUCCCUCUUACUUCACCACUAGCUCCUGUUCCGGUCGCAUCUCCAUCCUCCUCUCCCUCCCUCCCUCCGCCGCUUCCACCAAGAAGAAGGCCCGUGGCGGCACCUGGAUUUUCAUUUCCCAUGACCCUGCUGACCCUGACUUCCUCGUCGACCUCCUCUUUGGCGCCCGAGACCGUACGGAUGAUGCUGGCGGCGAGAUGGUGUUUCGAUUCGAGCCGCUCAUCGUGGCUGUGGAGUGCCGGGACAUUGAUGCCGCUCAAGCGCUUGUGUCCACUGCUAUUGCCUCCGGGUUCAGGGAGUCUGGGAUAACGAAUGCGGGAAAGCGAGUAAUGGUUGCGAUAAGAUGUUCGAUUCGAUUGGAGGUGCCUCUUGGGCAGAGUGGUGCGCUUUUGGUUUCUCCGGAGUAUGUUCGUUAUCUUGUUGGGAUCGCCAAUGAGAAGAUGGAAGCGAAUAGAAGAAGAACAGAUGGUUUUCUCAAUGUUUUGCAGUGCAAGGGUUUGCGGCAAUUAGUGACGGAGAAGAUUGGCUACCAAAGUUGUAUGGUACCUAGGGAAAGUUUGUUGAAUCUUGAAUCCAAACAAAAUGAUGUGCAGUCAAAAAUAUUGUUAAUUGAGAGUGAUGCUGUAAAGGUUCAUGAACAGCACAAUAUUGGAAGCCUUGAUGAGGAUGCUUGUGGUCUUGAAUCCAAUUGGUUUUUCAGAGAAGAUAACGGCAAUGAUGCUUCUUCCAAAACCCCACUGAAAGCUUCAAUUUGCUUGCAUGAAGUUGAAGUUGAAUCUGGGAAUUCAUGCAGAAGUCAUAAAUUGAGAGAGACAGUCAAUGGGCUUUCAGAGAAGGGUUCACUUUUAGCUGUCUACCUGACUAUUUUUGAUGAACCGCCUGAGAAGCUCUAUCUCUGGGGUCAAUCAGCAUGCGUUGUCAAUGAUAAUGAACAUAAACAAAUCUUCAUAUUUGGUGGUUUUGGCGGCUUAGGACGGCAUGCUAGAAGAAAUUAUUCUCUAAUGCUUGAUCCAAAAUCUGGCACUCUAAAAGAAAUUAAUACAGUGGAUAGUCCAUCUCCUCGCAUGGGACACACAUCUUCCUUGAUUGGUGAUCAAAUUUUCGUUAUUGGAGGUAGAGAUGGUCCUACACAAAUUUUUGAUGAAGUUUGGGUUCUUAACAACGUUGAAAGUAGAUGGAAUUUGUUAAAAUGUAAUGGCAGUAUGUUCCAUCCAAGACAUCGUCAUGCUGCUGCAGCUGUUGGCUCAAAUAUAUAUGUUUUUGGUGGACUUGGUUAUGAAGUCAUUUAUUCAUGCAUGAAUGUGCUGCAUACUGAAACAUUACAGUGGACUGAGGUCAGUGUUCAAGGAGAAUGUCCAUGUGCUCGGCAUUCACAUUCUUUGGUGGCUUAUGGUUCUCAAUUAUUUCUGUUUGGGGGCUAUGAUGGCGAGAAAGCUCUGGGUGACCUUUACAGUUUUGAUGUCAGGACAUUGCAUUGGGAGAAGGUGAAAACCAAUGGAAGAUCUCCCUGUCCAAGAUUUUCACACUCUAUGUUUAUCUAUAAGAAUUAUCUUGGCAUCAUAGGUGGCUGCCCUGUCAGGCAAGAGAAUCAAGAGUUAGCUUUGCUGAACCUGGAUCAUCAGUCCUGGGUAUAUGUUACAGUUGUAUGUUUGGGCAGAGAGCUUUGGGUUCGAUGCUCAACCACUGUGGUGGAUGAUGAUCUUGUAAUUGUUGGUGGUGGAGCAUCAUGUUAUGCAUUUGGCACAAAGUUCAAUCCUCCAAUGAAAGUAAAUUUACAGCAAUUAGAGACUUUGCAUGUUACACAUUGUCAUAAACUAGUUAAGCAAGGAUCACAUAGUACAUUUCAAGAAUCUCUGCAAAACUUGUCUGUUAAUGGAUGUGGCAAUUUUUCAGAUGCUGAGCACCUUGUGCUGAAGAUCAUAAAGAAAAAUGCUAAACUUGCCAAGGAUAUACUGAAAAAGUUCGGAUGGCUAGAUACAGAUAGGAAGGUUCGACCUAGUGUAGAUGGGAGCUAUAUUUGUAUACCAGUUAAUCAAAACUUUUUUGCCCUUAUUCAGAAAAAGCCUCAUGGUUCAAUGAACGUGGACAUCAUGGAUGAUGGCCAUCAACCAGAAAUUUUUGAAACAAAAAGCAUUUCUGUGCAUGAGGUUUCUCUGCCAAUGGCAUUGAGUUUUAUUUCAUCAUCUGGCAGUUCUCUUCUAAAGGACAGUGCAGUCUGUGAUAGGAAGGUCUCGAAAUCCCCUCAGAGCAUAAUGAGGGAUUUCGUUAGCUCUUUGUUAAGGAAGAAGGGCUUGCCACCUCAGCUAUUGGAUGAAUUGCCCACAAGGUGGGAACGUCUUGGGGAUAUUGUGGUUCUUCCUGUGACAUCUUUUAAGGAUCAGGCAUGGAAUUCUAUGGGGGAGGAGCUUUGGCCUAUAGUUGCAAAUUCUAUUGGUGCUCAACGUCUUGCACGUCAAGGUCGAAUUUUGGCCACUGGAACAAGGGACACCACUUUGGAGAUCCUUGUGGGGGAUAAUGGUUGGGUUACUCACCAAGAGAAUGGAAUAUUUUAUUCCUUUGAUGCAACCAAGUGCAUGUUUUCCUCCGGCAAUCUUUCUGAGAAGCUUCGCAUGGCUCAACUGGACUGCAGAGAUGAGAUUAUUGUGGACUUGUUUGCCGGAAUUGGUUAUUUCGUACUUCCAUUUCUUGUCAAAGCUAAGGCAAAACUGGUUUAUGCCUGUGAGUGGAAUCCCCAUGCUAUAAAUGCUCUUCGGCAUAACAUCGAUACAAACUCUGUGGCAGACCGUUGCGUCAUACUUGAAGGAGAUAAUCGCAUCACAGCGCCCAAAGGGAUCGCUGAUCGAGUUUGCCUCGGUCUUCUACCUACUAGUGAGGGUAGCUGGGUUACUGCUGUGAGAUCUUUGAAAAUUGAAGGAGGCAUACUGCAUAUCCAUGGAAAUGUCAAUGACUCUGAAGAGGGUUCAUGGUUGGAAUAUGUUCUCAAGACCAUCACAAACAUUGCAAAAUCUGAAGGUUUAUGUUGGCAAAUUUCUGUAGAACAUCUGGAGAGAGUGAAAUGGUAUGGCCCUCAUAUUCGUCAUCUUGUCGCUGAUUUACAUUGCAAAAAACUAUAAAACUUGAGCUUACAGGUUGCUCAACGUGUUCCCGAGCUAGAUUUAUUCACGGUUUGACAUCGAUAUUGCUUAAAAUUACAUGACCGAGGUGUGAAUUGGUUAAAAUGGACAUAUAAAUACAGCGGAGGUACCAACUGAUACGGUACAUUUAACUUUUAUGGGGGUGUGAAAGGGCAAAACUUCACAUAAAAAAAUGCAGCU